AUGCAGAACUCUUCAAGAAGGAUAGUGGAUAAAAACAAAAGCAAAGAAAUAGUCAAAGAUGAUUUAUCAGGAUCAUCUAGAAAGUCGCAGGAGGAAAGGUUAAAGAAGAGCGUGUCCACACCUCGAAACUAUGUACAGAAAACUACACCCACUGAUAUAUAUGGUAAAAAGAAACCAAAUGUUUUACAAGCUCCAAAAAAGGCGGCGUCUUCGUUAUCUACACAUACAAGUAAAAAUGUAUCACCAAUGAAAGAUUUAUUAAAAUCUUCGUCGUCUUCCGUGAGUAACAUUAGUAGCGGAAGGAGUUCUUCUAAAAUGGCGAUUGAAAAAAGAGUCGAAGCAAAAGCUAAUAUACCAUCGUCCAAGAAAAGCACUCCACGCACUGUUAAAGCUCCGCCACCAUUUAACGUCACUGUAAAUUCGCCCGUGUCGAAGCGGAAAUUAGGUAUAGAUUUGAAUAAGGAAAAAUGUAAUUUGAACACUGACAACAAAAUCAGAAAUGUAACUAAUGCAUCAGUUGAUGAGGAUCAGGGUAAAAAUAAAAUGACGGAUAUAAUAUUUCUACGACAGCGUUCUAAAACUCGGACUUUAGAUGAAAAUGAAGUUAAAGUAUUGAAGCCUGAUGUUGUAGAUAAUAACGCAGAAAUGCAAAAUUUAUCACGGAGACUGAGUGCUAAGCCGAAGUCAUUUUAUGUGGACUUAAACAGUGAACAAGAAAAGGCCGAAAAAGAAAAACCUAGCGAGGAGGAGGAAGUAAGUUAUGAGGAUGAUUUUGAAAGUUACGAGUCAGACUUCGAUUCCUAUCACAGUGAGACUCCAAGUGAAAAAGACUCAAGCGCCACCGACGAAGAACAAAAUGACGGGGCGACUGAAAAUAAUAAUUUAGUAAUAGAGGAUGAAAAUAGUGUAAAAGAUGUGAAAGAUGAAGAGAAGAUGUUAGACUCAGGUAGCUAUGACCUUCGAGAUCUGCAACGAUCCACUCAGAAGGUGAAGCCAGCCGUGCUGGAUUUCAUCUUGGAAGGAUCGGAGGAUAGUGAUAAGAAGCCCUCGUUGACAGAUGAAGGAUUUCAAGAAAUGUCGAGCUCUAGCACCGUGUCUAGUAUGAAGACAGUGCACAUCGAUGUUUUGGACAGACCACUCUUUAUAGAUUUUACAAUAUCGAAAGAGAACAAACGCAAACGUCGAAUAUUACAACAACUUAAACAAAGAGCGCAAGAUAUUUUAAGUAUGAUAUCAUUGCACGAAAUGACGUAUAUGCUGUUCGAACUGGCACCUAUUCCGUACGAUUUGUAUAUGGUAACAUAUGGCCAAGGUAAUUGCACACAAAUUGCAGUGCAAACUUUUGAUGAUGGUAUUACUGAGGAAGUACAAACAGAAAAAAUUUCCUAUGACAACAAAUGGACUCAGCUUCCAGUAAAAUUUUCAAAACAUGAAGUUUAUUUAAAUGCUAAUAUAGUAAAUCGUAAAGAACACGAUGAUUCUUUUACAAAAUUGUCGAUGUUUGGAAAUCAGAAGACCGAAGACCGCGGUGAUGAACAAUGUGACGAUAAAAAUUAUAGAGAUAAUCCAUUGAGAGUAUUUUUAGAACAGAAAGAUGGCGUUGGGUCUGAUGUAAUCCUUCCACAGGAAACUUACAGAAUAAAACUAAAACAACACGAUUACAAUGCUUAUAGAUUGAAGAAGUUUUUGAAUAAAGUAGAAAGAAGGAUAAGUAGUAUUUUAAGUAUGAAUGCUGGCAACUCUGAUAUAAGUAAUUUAAUAAAGAGUUCUAAAUUUCCAUUUAGUAAAGGCUAUAUUACUAUACCUACGAAAAAUGUUUCCGCCGAUAUCUCGAUUGUAAGGGAAUUGAAAAUUACUAAUGCAAUAUUUUCUACAACUAGAACAAAUUUAUUAAUUACUGUUCAUGAGAAAUCUUCGAGUAACGUUUCCAUUCAGAAAUGUAUUCUUUGCAUGUGGGACUUGAGUGUUGCAAUGCACGAUCCUCUAAAACUUCUCAUUGCCACAGAUAAUGUUACAAUUGGACGAUUUAAAGGAAGCACUGAUGGUAUUGUUGUUGCUGCUUUAAGAGAUGGAACGAUACAUUUAUGGGACUUAUCUGAAGAACCAACAUGGAUGCAAGAUGAUACCAGCAAUGACAAAUCUACAAAUUUGGUAGAAAGAGAUACGGACCGACUAACACAAACUGAACAAGAUAGGGAAUGGAAUUUAAAGAAUAGAAGCAUUACUCGUGAAAAGAAGUCGGGAUUCAUGCAAACCAGUGCAUACACUAGCAGUGGAAUUGGUAUCGUUAAUAGUGACGUAUUCGAUUGUAUCGUUGGUUUAGAAUUUCUCGGAGAUUCACAAAUAAGAACUAAUCAAGAUAGCGGACGGAAGAUUAUAGCACAGAUGUGUUCUUUGCAGCGCGCUGGUAUUUUAACUCUAUGGUCGAUAGUACAAGAAAAAACAAAAUCAAAGACAAAUGACAUAGGAAAAUCUUUUUGGUCAAAACUCUCAUUGGAGAAAGCCGAAACGAUUCAUCUCACAGAAUAUUUGGAUCCCUGUGUUAAUGAUACAUUAGAAAAUAGUUUCACUGAUACGUUUAAUUUGAACGCUGCGAAAAGAAGAAUAUCAAACAGAAGGCAAGAGAGAAGUUUGUUAAGGCCAAGUUCUUCCCGCGUAAAAUCAGCCGUUGGGUUAUAUAGUGAAAAUACCAGACCGCGCAGUGCUGCCAGUGCAAGAAACAGAAAUACGUUACAAAUAAGAAAAAAUAUCCAAAAUAUGUGGGAAUCUGGACUUGUGUGUAAUGAUUUGAAAAUAAUGAGGAUAAAUAACGCCGAUAACUUUUUGAUAGCCAAAAAUUGUGGGGAGGUGCUUUGCUGUACAAGAUUUGCGGGCACCUUUAAGGUUAAUAAACUGUGUGUUGCCAAUGAUACAUCGUCGAUAACUUGUUUAGAAGUAUCACGAAAUGGCCUACCGUAUAUUUUAGCAGCAACCGAAACUGGACUUCUCAGUUUAUGCUCCAUCCAAGAUUAUAGAGUUGUCCUUACUUUGGAUUGCAGAAAUGGAACCUCAAAUGCUGUUGAAAAAUGUAAGGCGGAUGACAAGGGUCGUUUUAUCAGCAGUGUUACGACGAACCCUUUAAAUUCCAGCGUGAUGUACUUUGGAAAAGAAAAGAAGAUGUCCGUAAAAAGUUUGGUGUGGUCGCGUGCCAACCCGUUCGAUAUGUUGGCACUACUGCAUGAUGGCGCGGUGUGCGCGUGGCGUCUCACCAGCAGUGACAUCAACGCGCGCCGUGUCGACGACGCGGCCGCCGUGUGCGUCACAUCUGUUGACACAAUGGCAAUUGUUACGUCUCAAAAUGAAGUGCAAGUCCACAGAUUAUGCAAUGAGCAGCAAGAGAUGGAUAAUGUAAAGUUGUUUCAGAAAUACCUCGCACUUUUAUAA